AUGGCCCCCAUCAGCUCGAUCGUGGACCUUGUCAAGCAACACGCAGUCGAGCGUGGACAGCAGACGGCCUUUUCAGGACCGGCAGGCCGUGUCGUCACCUAUGCCGACCUGCUUGUACGGACAGGUCGAAUCGCUGGCCACCUGGUGAAUGCCGGCAUCACCCGUGGCAGCCGCGUGGCCGUUGUGCUCGGGAACAUCGUCGAGACGGCCGAGAGCACUAUUGCCAUCGCACGGGCCGCCGCUGUCGGGGUGUCACUGGACCCACGGUCGUCACAAGUUGAGCUAGCCCGGGCACUGGAGAACAGCCACGCGGGCGUGGUGAUCACGGAUGACCGGCGUCUUGGCCGUGUGCUCGAUGCUGUGGCCGGAGGGGUGGCGAAAGCCGCGAUGAUUGUCGUGGUAGGCUGCAAAAUAGACGCUGAUGCAGAGAAAAUCGCAGAGGGUCCGGUUAUAGUGCGGUACGAAGACUGGGUGGACUUCUCAGCGAAGCAGUCGGCACCUGACGACCUCGGCUUGGACGAGCCAGCUUGGCUACAGUACACGACAGGAACGACUGGUGAGCCCAAGGGGGUGCUGUCCUCGCAACGGGCGUACAUGUGGACGGUCAUGGCCAGCUACGUGCCCUCGCUCGGCCUGACGGGGGCCGACCGACUCUUCUGGCCUCUGCCGCUGUUCCAUGCCUUUGGUCACUCUCUUGGCGUCAUCGGAACGUUGGCGGUGGGUGCGAGUGCUCAUCUUCUGGGCGACGAACCGUUACUGGACAGCUUGCUGCGACACCCGGAGACAACGAUUCUGGCAGGGGCCCCGGCGACGUUCCGGGAGCUGGCCACCGACACUGCGGCUCGACCGGCUCUGUCGAAUCUGCGGCCACGCGUUUGUAUCAGCUCGGGGGCAGGGACGCCUGCCGGACUCAGCAAGCAAGUGGAGGCCGUUCUGGGCGUGUCUGUCGUGAACCAGUACGGCUCAACCGAAUGCGGCCUCAUUGCUACCACCAGGCCGGGGAUUGUGUACGAUGAAAAGUUGGACACAUGUGGUCCACCGGCGCCGGGAAUCGACGUGCAGAUCCGGCCUGUGCAUCCCGACGGACAGGUAACCAGCCAGGAGGUGGUGGCCGGAGAAGAGGGCGAGAUCUGGGUGCGCACCCCCAGCUUCAUGCUCGGCUAUGACGUCGGUGGGCUUCCACUGCCAGCCAUCGAGGACGACUGGUUCCAAACAGGCGACCUAGGACGGCUGCGUUCCGGUCUACUGACGGUGACGGGGCGGCUCAAGGAACUGAUCAUCCGCGGUGGUGAAAACAUUCAUCCGUGCGAGGUGGAACGGCCGCUGCAGACUAGCCCUGGCGUGGCCGACGUCAUCGUCACCGGUAUUCCACAUGACAUGUUGGGGGAGGUGCCGACUGCUUUUCUCGUGCCGGAAGCCCAGGCCCGCCUCGACGUGAAUGUACUGCUCAAGGCCUGCCGUGCCAUGCUGCCCGAUUACAAAGUGCCGGUAGCCUUUUACACGGUCGAUGCUAUUCCUCGCACCGCUUCGGGGAAGCCCAAGCGUCUGGCUAUGAUGGAUCUCUGGCGCACCGGCACGUACUGUCGACCGCUUGCUGUGCCUUUGCUCGCUGUCGAUCUGGUAGAGCCACUCGUGCUCGCAGAGAGCGCGGCUGUGUGCGGCUGUGGUCUCGGCCUAGAGCAAGUGGACCCAGACCAGUCCUUUGCCACGCUGGGCUUGAGCUCGCUGACGGGCGUUGUUCUUCGCGACCGGCUGGCUAGUCUAACCGGACUAGACCUACCAGUUACUCUCGUGUUUGACCAUCCCACGCCAGCAGCCGUCAGCGGAUACCUGCGCGAACGACUCUACGGUACACGACCUACACAACUAGCUGCGCCACGUGUGUCAGACACGGCAGCCCCGGCCAAUGGCCCAGAGCCGAUCGCCAUCGUGUCGAUAGCCUGCCGCUAUCCCGGCGGCAUCUCCUCGCCCGAAGAUCUGUGGCGCGUCGUGUCCGAAGGUCUCGACGUGACGUCCGACUUCCCCACGAAUCGCGACUGGGACAUUGAUGCACUCUAUGACCCCGACCCGAAUAAGACGGGCUCAUGCACCACCCGCCGUGGCGGCUUCCUCCACGACAUGGCCGACUUCGAUGCUGGCUUCUUCGGCCUGUCGCCACGCGAGGCCCUGGCCACAGAUCCUCAACAGCGGCUCCUCCUCGAGACGACGCAUUGGCUCAUCGAGCGCGCGCGCAUCGCCCCCUCGUCUCUGCGCGGCACGGACACGGGUGUCUUUGUAGGCAUGAUCUACAGCGACUACGCCAGCCGCUUCGGCCAUGGAUCGGGAUCCGGCCAGGGCCAUGAGGCCGAGGCCCAUCUCGACAUUGGUGCAUCUCCCAGCGUCGCUGCCGGCCGCAUCUCGUACUCCUUCGAUCUCAAGGGUCCGUCUAUGGCCAUCGAUGCCGCCUGCUCCUCGUCCCUGACAGCCAUACAUCUCGCUGCCGCCUCCCUACAGACUGGCGAGAGCAGUUUGGUCAUUGCCGGCGGCGUGACCGUCAUGUCCACGCCGCGACAGUUCGUCGCUUUCAGUCGACAGCGCGGCCUCUCGACUGACGGACGCUGCCGCUCCUAUUCAUCUGAUGCCAGCGGAACCGGCUGGUCGGAGGGCGUCGGCCUCGUGCUCUUGGAGCGGCUGUCUGACGCCCAACGGCACGGCCACCCCGUGCUCGGCCUCGUGCGCUCGUCUGCCGUCAACUCGGGCGGCACUGCGAACGGCCUCACUGCCCCUAGCGGCCCGGCACAGCGGCAGGUCAUCCGCCAAGCCCUGGACAGGGCUGCCCUAUCGCCUGCAGACGUCGACGUGCUCGACGGCCACGGCACGGCCACGUCGCUGGGCGAUCCCAUCGAGGUGCAGGCGGUGCUCCAGGCAUACGGUGCCCGGCCCCCGUCGUCUCCACCGCUGCUCCUCGGCUCAGUCAAGUCGAACAUUGGUCACACUCAGGCUGCGGCCGGCAUUGCCAGCAUCGUCAAGAUGGUGUACUCUAUGCAACAUGGCGUCGUGCCGGCAUCCAUCCACAUCGCCAAGCCCACGCCGCACGUGGAUUGGACCAGCGGCACUGUCGAGCUGCUCACCGAGACCCGGCCCUGGCCACAGACAGCCGGGGGCCGUCCACGGCGGACAGCCGUGUCCUCUUUUGGCAUCAGCGGUACCAAUGCACACGUGAUACUCGAACAGGCACCAAAUGUCAGUCACGUGCAACAGCAGAGAGAGCAGCCCUCGUGUCCUGCCACCGCCUUUCCGUGGCUCCUGUCUGGCGCGGACGACGCAGCCCUGCAGGCACAAGCCCGCACGCUGGCGGCGCUGCACACCCCUGCUGACAAUGACCUGCAUGCCCUCGACGUGGCCCUGUCCCUCGCCUCCACGCGGUCGGCCCUCGGCCAUAGAGCCGCUGUGACAGCAGCUUCGAAUGAUGAGCGGCGCGCAGCAUUGCUGGCCCUCGCUGCAGGCCGGCCGCACUCUGGCGUUGCCACCGGACGGGCUCGCAUUGGCACAAUGGGACGGUCGCAGUUGCGGUCGCAAUCACGGCUGGCUUUCCUUUUCUCCGGCCAGGGCAGUCAGCGGCCUGAAAUGGGUCGAGAAUUGGCCGCCCGCUUCCCCCAGUUCGACACGUCCUUCCGCGAGGUUCUGCAGGCGUUUUCUGGCCGACUCGAACAGCCGCUGGCCGACGUGAUCAGCUCUCCCGAGCCUCAGCUGCUAGACCGUGCCGACUUUGCCCAAGCCGCCGUCUUCGCCUUCGAGGUGGCCCUGUAUCGCCUUCUCGAGUCCCUCGGCAUCCGUCCCGACUAUGUUGCUGGUCACUCCCUAGGCGAAGUGGCGGCCGCCCAUGUUGCCGGCAUCCUCUCCCUGACCGAUGCUGUCGCCUUGAUUUCCGCCCGCGGCACUUUGAUGGCUGCCCUGCCGGAAGGGGGAGCCAUGGCUAGCAUCGCGGCCACGGAAGAUGAGGUCGCCAGGGCGCUGAGAGAUGUGCAGCCUGCAGACGCCUCUACCGCCGUCAUUGCCGCUGUGAAUGCCCAGGACGCCGUGGUGGUGUCCGGCCCAACCAGGACUGUACUCGCCAUCAAAGAUGCCUUCGCUGCCCAGGGUCGACCGGUCACUCGGCUGAGAGUCAGCCAUGCUUUCCACUCCCCGCUUAUGGAGCCUGUGCUGUCUGACCUGAGCUCUGCCCUUGGCCGUCUCGCCCCGUCACCCGGCCCAGCUUCCACUCUCAUCCCCCUUGUGUCCACCGUUACCGGUCAGCUGGUGGAUGCAGCUGACAUGACGGCCGACUACUGGCUUCGCCAUGUCACGGCUCCUGUCCGCUUUAUUGAUGCCGUUCAGACGCUAUCUGUCGACCUGGGCGUGGCCACAUUUCUCGAGAUUGGCCCCUCGGCCCCGCUGACCAACUAUGUAUCUGGCGCCAUUGCCACAUCAAGGCAGAAAGUGAACGAGGUGGAUACUCUGCUCACAGCCCUUGGACAGCUGUGGGUGCACGGUAUCCAGCCCCACAACUGGGAGGCUGUCUUCCGUGGCAGCAGUGCUUGUUUCGUGGACUUGCCCGUCUAUCCCUUCCAGCGACGCCGGUACUGGCUGGACUCGCCGGCGUCUACACUCUCCUGCGGGGUCUCUAAGGUCAACGGCGAGACCGGCCAGAAUAGCCAGAACAUCCAGAACGGCUACGUACGUGUAGAUACUCCCCCGUCGACGCCUCCAGCUAAAGAAUGCAUAAAUUCUAUUUAUGCCUGGCAGAGGCAGCUGGGCCAGCUCCCCAUUGAGAUGCGCCAUGCCACGUUGUUGGACCUUAUGCAAGACGAGGUCGCCGUUGUUCUCGGCUACUCCAACCGCCAACAAGUGCCAUCUUCGGCCUGGGACACGCCUCUCACCGAACUCGGCUUCGACUCCGUUCUUAGCAUCUUGCUUCGGAACCAGAUUGGCAACAAGACCGGCGUGAUGUUGCCUGCUAAUCUUGUCUUUAACGAGGCUAUUGCCACUGUCCCUGGUCUGACUAGUCACGUAUUUUCUCACAUGAUGGAUCCUCUAAGCGGAAGUGAGGAUACUGCAGCAUGGAUGAAGCGGUAA